AUGGUGCGAACGAGCAAUUUUUUUUUCAUAUUCGGGCUUUCGUGGCUUGUUGGAACUACCUUUGGUGCGCUGGACGAGGAAGGCGAGCUCCUUUUUCUUCAGCUUUUGUACCGUCAUGGCGAACGCACACCUGUUGGAUUUUACCCGAAUGAUCCGUACAAAAGUAUGGAUCACUGGCCUGUUCGUCCUGGACAAUUAUUGAAUGCUGGCAAAUGGCGUCAUUACGAGUUGGGGCAAUGGCUUCGACAGCGAUAUGACGGCUUCAUUGGUGCUGAAUACGACCCUGCGCAAAUCCACAUCCAAAGCUCAAAUGUCGACCGCACAUUGAUGAGUGCGCAGUGCAACCUUCUCGGGCUUUUUCCACCCGUGGGUACCGACAGGUGGAACCCAAACCUCAUGUGGCAGCCGAUCCCUGUUCACACGAGACCUGCAGACGAAGAUUUGUUUUUACGAAGCGAUGCAGCGUGUCCGACGGCAGACGCGGAGUUGUUGCAAGUGAGAAAUUCAGCUGCCGUUCAGAAAGUGCGGAAUGAAAAUGAGGAUCUUCUGGAGUAUCUCAAGUUGCACUCCGGAGAUGAAACGCAUGACGUGAUUGCACUCAGUGAUCAGAUUUAUGAUACGCUAUUCAUAGAGGAAGGGAAUAAUUUUACGCUGCCAAACUGGACAAAGUCAGUGUAUCCCGAAAAGCUCAGACCGUUGGCUGCAUUCUCCUUCUCAAUCAUCACCCUGUCACCGACUCUGCGGAAAUUCCGGGGAGGUCCGCUUGUUGCACUCAUGGUGGAGAACAUGAAGAAGAAAAUCGGACGUGGUGAGGGUGUCGGAUUUGACUUGCGGGAAUUGGCGACGUUUGACUCGUCGUUCCGCGAGUUACGGAAGGUGGAGGUGUUCUCCGCUCACGACAUAACGAUCGCCAUGUUUUUGGGUGCCUUGGACUUGUUCCCGCCGCAGCUGCCAUCUUACGCGUCCACAGUAAUGGUGGAGCUGCGGAGAGGAAACGUGACCGAAGCUGGGGGUGACCCGUAUUUCGUCAAAAUGAUCAUCAGAAACAGCACCGGUGUCCACGUUCUCAAACUUCCUGGCUGUGAAGAGCUAUGUCCUUUGGUUGAAUUCGACCGUCUAACGAAAACAGUGCAAAUUUCUGAGGAGCGUUGGAAGAAAGAAUGCGUGCUGGAGAUGUCACUGGAAAUCACCCGGGAUGCCUUCUUCGGUGCGUAUCACUGA